UGAUGGUGUUAAACUGAGUCGUCAUCUGGCUUCGGACCACGUCAACUGUUGUCCCAACCAUGAAGAACCUUCUCAUAGCUCUCUGCUUGGUAGCGGCCCUACUCUCCGCCGCUGAUGCGUUUGGUGGUUGCAACUGUAAAAAGUGGUGCAACAAGAAAUACGAGUACCCUGCCGGACGUUGCAAGUAUGGAGGUGUGUGCUGUAGACCGCGCUGGGGCGGAUAUGGCGGCGGCUGGGGUGUCGGAGGCGGAGGCGGUUGGGGAUAUGGCGGUGGUUUUGGAGGCGGAAGUGGGUUCGGUGUUGGCGGUUAUGGCGGUUUAGGUGGUUAUGGCGGCGGUUGGGGAGGCAAGAAAGGUGGUUGGCCCUGGGGAGGUUACGGCGGUGGUUACGGAGGUGGUUACGGAGGUGGUUACGGAGGUGGUUACGGAGGUGGUUAUGGAGGUGGUUACGGAGGUGGUUACGGAGGUGGUUACGGAGGUGGUUACGGAGGUGGUUACGGAGGUGGUUACGGAGGUGGUUACGGAGGUGGUUACGGAGGUGGUUACGGAGGUGGUUACGGAGGUGGUUGGGGCGGCAAGAAAUACUGACCCAGCAAGAAAUGGUGAACAGUUUCAAGGUCUAUGCCACGUGGAUCUCUCCGGUAUCGACCCGCAUGAUUCUGGACAACGAUGCUCAAUCUUUAUUUUUGUAUCUACCAUUCUGAUAUUAGACAGGCAAUAAACGCAUUUGCAAACGUU